AUGGCUGGUAGAAACGAUGCCGCGAUUGCUGCUGCUUUGGAGGCUGUGGCUCAAGUUUUGGCAAAUCAACCAAAUGCCGAUGAGAAUACUGGAUCUCGUAGUUUGGCUACCUUCCAGAGGGAGAAUCCGCCGGUCUUCAAAGGAAAGCAUGACCCUGAUGGCGCAUUGGAAUGGUUGAAGGAGAUUGAGAGGAUCUUCCGUGUGAUGGAUUGCACUCCAGCACAAAAGGUUCGUUAUGGUACUCACAUGCUAGCAGUCGAAGCUGAUGAUUGGUGGCUAGAGACUCGCCAGAGAUUGGAGGUGGCAGGUGAAGAGAUCACUUGGGAUGUGUUCCGCAGGGAAUUUCUGAGAAAGUAUUAUCCUGAAGAUGUUCGGGGUAAGAAAGAGAUUGAGUUUCUUGAGCUCAAACAGGGGAAUAUGUCAGUGACUGAAUAUGCUGCAAAGUUCACUGAGUUGGCUAAGUUCUACCCGUAUUAUGAUGGAGCAGGUGCUGAGUUUUCGAAGUGCAUCAAGUUUGAGAACGGAUUGCGCUCUGAGAUCAAGAAAGCUGUUGGGUAUCAGAAGAUUCGUAUCUUUCCUAAUUUGGUUGAUAGUUGCAGGAUCUUUGAAGAAGAUAACAAUGCUCAUUACAAGGUUGUUACUGACAGGAGAGGCAAGAAUCAACAGAACCGUGGCAAACCAUAUGAUGCUCCAGCUGGUAAAGGUAAGCAAAGAUUUACGCAGGGUCAGAGAUCUAGUGGGGGAGGUGCUCCUCCUAAUGUGAUUUGUUUCAAUUGCGGGAAACCUGGACAUAAGAGUACUGCGUGUAACAUUGAGGUGAAGAAAUGUUUUCGUUGUGGUAAGAUGGGGCACGCUAUGUCAGAUUGUAAGCAUAAGGAAAUGGUUUGUUUUAAUUGCGGUGAAGAAGGACACAUUGGAAGUCAGUGUUCGAAACCAAAGAAGACACAAGCUGGUGGAAGAGUGUUUGCUUUGGCUGGAACUCAGACACCGAAUGAGGACAGACUUAUCAGAGGUACAUGUUUCAUAAAUAGUACUCCUUUAAUCACUACUAUUGAUACUGGUGCUACUCAUUGUUUUAUUGCUGCUGAUUGCGUUAAAAGAUUGGGUCUUGUGUUAUCUUCUAUGAAUGGUGAGAUGGUAGUUGAGAUUCCAGCUAAAGGAUCAGUGACUACUUCUCUAGUAUGUUUGAAGUGUCCUUUGUCGAUUUUCGAUAGGAACUUCGUUGUUGAUUUAGUUUGUUUGCCGUUAAGUGGGUUGGAUGUAAUUUUGGGGAUGAACUGGUUAGAGUAUAACUGUGUUCAUAUUAAUUGUUAUAACAAGACUGUGAGGUUUUCAACUGUUGAAGAGGAAGAAGCUGGGUUGGUGUCGCCUAAGCAGUUGCGACAGUUGUUGAAGGAAGAAGCUGAGAUGUUCUCAUUAAUGGCAACAUUGUCAAUUGAGAAUCAAGCUAUAAUUGAUGAGUUGCAGGUGGUGCGUGAGUUUCCUGAAGUUUUCCCUGAUGAGAUUCCUGAUGUACCUCCAGAAAGAGAAGUUGAAUUUGCAAUUGAUCUUGUACCUGGUACCAGACCUGUUUCUAUGGCCCCAUACAGAAUGUCUGCAUCCGAAUUGGCUGAAUUAAAGAAGCAACUGGAGGACUUACUUGAGAAGAAGUUUGUCAGACCAAGUGUAUCACCGUGGGGAGCUCCAGUGCUAUUGGUAAAGAAGAAAGAUGGAAGUAUGAGGCUCUGUGUUGAUUACAGACAGCUAAAUAAAGUAACGAUUAAGAACAAGUAUCCGCUACCAAGAAUAGAUGAUUUGAUGGACCAAUUGGUGGGUGCCAGUGUAUUUAGCAAGAUUGAUCUAAGAUCGGAUCCAUCUAAGGUAGAUGCUGUGUUGCAAUGGGAAUCUCCAAAGUCAGCUACUGAGAUUAGAAGUUUCUUGGGUUUAGCCGGUUACUACAGACGGUUUAUCGAAGGGUUCUCUAAGUUGGCACUUCCGUUGACCAAGUUGACUUGUAAAGGUAGAGCUUUUGUGUGGGAUACACAAUGCGAAGAGAGCUUUGUAGAAUUGAAGAAGAGAUUGACGAUGGCUCCGGUUUUGACGUUACCUAAUCCGGGAGAACCUUUUGUAGUUUAUUGUGAUGCUUCUCUCAUGGGUUUAGGUGGUGUGCUUAUGCAGAAUGAUAAGGUUAUUGCUUAUGCGUCGAGGCAGUUGAGAAUUCAUGAAAAGAACUACCCUACGCAUGAUUUGGAGCUUGCUGCAGUUGUGUUUGUGCUAAAAAUUUGGAGACAUCAUCUUUAUGGUUCUAGAUUUGAAUUCCGAGAUAUGAGUUUAGUUUGUGAAGUGACACCGCAAAGUAUUAAGUUGGGAAUGCUUAAGGUUAAUAAUGAUUUUCUGGAUAAUAUCAAGGAGGCUCAGAAGUUGGAUGUGAAGCUAGUGGACAUCAUGGCUGGUUGUGGCCAAUCAAAGAAAAGUGACUUUAAGAUAGAUAUGCAUGGUGUGUUAAGACUACAGGAUCAAAUUUGUAUUCCUGAGGAUGAUGAUAUGAGGAGAAUGAUUCUAGAAGAAGGUCACAGGAGUAACUUGAGUAUCCAUCCUGGAGCUACUAAAAUGUAUCAGGAUUUAAAGAAGAUAUUUUGGUGGCCAGGAAUGAAGGAAGAUGUGGCACGGUUUGUGUAUGCGUGUUUGACUUGUCAAAAAUCGAAAGUUGAACACCAGAAGCCUGCGGGGUUGAUGCAGCCUUUAGAAAUUCCAGAAUGGAAAUGGGAUAGCAUUUCGAUGGAUUUCGUGACGGGGUUACCUAAUACUGCAAGAGGAUAUGAUUCGAUAUGGAUUCUGGACAGAGUGGGAAAAGUUGCCUACCGAGUGGCAUUGCCGCCAACUCUUUCUAAUUUGCACGAUGUGUUUCAUGUGUCACAACUCCGAAAGUACAUUCAAGAUUCGUCUCAUGUAGUACAGAUGGAUGACAUACAAGUGCGAGAUAAUCUCACUGUGGAAACUAAGCCCGUAAGGAUCGCGGAUCGGGAAAUGAAGACUUUGAGAGGAAAAGAGAUUUCAUUGGUGAAAGUUGUUUGGUUGGGAGCAGCUGGGGAAAGCAUAACGUGGGAAUUGGAGAGCAAGAUGCGAGACUCCUACCCCGAGUUGUUUGAAUCAGUCGGGUAA